AUGAGUGUCAGCUUUGCAGGCAGUUGUCUGCCUCCAUCAAGCAGUUUACCACCUAUUCGUUCGCUACUGUCGGCAUCCGAAGGUCAGGUUUUCGCCGCACUCAGGAAUUUGCAGGCUUUGUACUGUCCUGUACGCCUUCCAAUUGCCAUCACGCAUCCAGCGUCGAAACGAGAGCGCACUUCCAUUGCGUCACCCCCAGAACCUGUGGAUUCUGGUUAUGCGUCUCAAGACGAAGGCGAAGAUGACGAUAACGACGCCACGCCCGAAGAGGUGACAGCAGCCCUCCGCGCUGACCCGUUCGAACGUACUUUUGCCAUCCAAUGGCUGAACUCCCUCCUGGCGCGCUCGGAAGAGAUGGACAUCCACGAUGAGGUGCGGGAAAGACUCGUAGAUGAUGCAGGCUUCGUUCUUUCAAGCCUGUUUGAAUCCACUGAGGAGAAGGAAGAGGCGCUAACACGAGACUUUUCUUUCCUUACAUCCACUGGAGAGUCCGUCCAGGUUACACUGAACGAUGCGCCACUAUCUAGUACGGACCACACAGCCGUCGGGCUUCAAUCCUGGGGUGCCAGCAUCGUACUCAGUAGCAUGAUGUGUGCAGACCCAGAUCGCUUCGGAUUGACCCAAGGGAGUGCUACAGACGGACAAAGGAUUGUUGAGCUUGGUGCUGGCACAGGGCUCGUAAGCUUAGCGGUCGCAAAAUUACUCCCUGCUAUUGGUGCUGCCCCUGUGAGCAUCACGGCGACUGACUAUCACCCCGCUGUUCUGGAGAACUGCAACGCUAACAUCGAGACCAACUUUCCUUCGAAUUCAUAUGACACACCCCCUGUGGACACUGCCAUAUUAGACUGGGCACAACCUCCUGUACACAUGGAAUCGGUAUCCAACCUCCUCAUCGCAUCGGAUGUUGUCUACGCUCCCGAGCACGCCACCUGGCUCCGUGACUGUGCAGCCCACCUACUUGCCGAAAAUGGGGCUUUCUGGCUAAUGGUCACCGUACGUAAGACUGGGAAGUUUGAAGGCAUUCCCGAUACUGUUGAAGCUGCAUUCAUCCCUGAGUUGUGUCCAAAGAAAGAUGAUGGCUUAACGUUCAAGAUACUAGAGACAGAGUUCGUAGAAAAGAGGAGGGGUAUUGGACGAGGUGACGAGAGCGGAUAUAAUCUUUACAGAAUCGGAUGGGCAUAG